AUGGCGGCCUAUGACGGAACUGAAAACCUGAGAGAGUACGUUCUCAACUAUAAGACUUUUAUGGAGCUGCAGACUCUAUCAGAUGCCUUGAUAUGCAAGUAUCAUCGUACACAUGGCCACGACACCAAUAACUGCUACCAGCUGAUCAGUGAGAUCGAAAGGCUGAUUAAGAGGGGACACUUGCGAAACUUUGUGAAGAAACCAGAGAGAGAAAGGCUUCAGCCGAAUCCUACAGCAGAGAGACCCAGGAGGACGGGAGCAGGACCGGUAAAUGAUGGUUCCAGUGGGACCAUCAACAUGACUGUGGGAGGAACUGGAGGUCGGAUGAGCCGAAGAGGAAAGAAGAGAGGCCGAGACGGGGAGGGUAGCAGUGCUGAGGUCAUGCAGGUAGUUGAACAUUCUCCAGUGACCAUCUCCUUCUCUCCGGAGGAUGCCCAGGGCGUUCAGAUGCCUCAUGACGACGCUCUUGUUAUCGAGGCUGUUAUCCACAACUAUCGAGUUAGAAAGGUUCUCGUCGAUAAUGGUAGCAAGGUGAACUUGUUGCCGUACAGGGUCUUUCAACAAAUGAGAAUCCCUGAAGAACAGAUGGUUCGGGAUCAAGUCCCGAUGAAGGGGAUCGGAGGAGUCCCAAUACCUGUAGAAGGAAAGGUGAAGCUGGCUCUUACCCUCGGAGAAGCACCUUUGACUCGGACGCACUACGCGGUGUUCCUGGUGGUGAAGCUUCCCCUGAACUACAAUGCGAUACUGGAAAGGCCGGCGCUGUAUGACUUUGAGGUCGUAACCAGCAUAAGGUACUUAGCCAUGAAGUUCCCGAUAGAAGCAGGGGUGGGAGUAGUCAGAGGAAGUCAAGAAGAGGCGAGAGCAGUAUACCUGGCCACGGUAUCAGAGCCGAGCUCUGCAGUUGAAAAGUUUGACUCAGAGGUCCUAGAAGUCCGGGAUGAGAAAAAAGAGGCCAGAACGGAGCCGGUUGGAGAACUAGAAACUUUUCCCUUAUGA